AUGACGUCUAUUAAGCCCUUUGAGCCAACACUCAGCGAUGUCUUGGUCGUGCGCGCUAUGCUGUCUCAAUCGGUGAUUCUUCCCGAACUUGUGGCUACAAUCCUGGACUAUGCGGAAUAUUGGGCUCGAUCAUCUACCAGAGCCCACGUGGAUCUCGCCAUCCGGGCAAAACAAGUCGGUAAUGGUGAAUUUGAUUUCCAAGGGUCGAGAUUCUUGCUUCGAUCUUAUCCAGUCGGGCUUACAGAGAACGCGGUUGAGGAUGAGGAUACUGGUAGUAAGGUUUUAUAUGAGACGAAACAAAUUGAUGCUUUGCCUGUCGAAAGAGAAUACGAGCGGGGAUUUUUCCAAGAUUUAAUCACAAACAGUUCUAUACACAACAACCCUGUACGGAAGAUUGUCUUUCGCAUCCGCAGUCAUGACCAAGGAUGGACUACAGACGAGAGGCCGGGCCCGUUCAUCGCUGCCAAAACUUGGUUCGAGGCUGGCAUCGAGAGAUUCAACGCCGGCCAUGAGUGUGAGUGUGAACAAUGCCAGGACAUAAGACUGCUGCCCCUUUGCAAGCUGGCAGCGGUCGAGCCAAGGCCGGAAAGCACAGUUAGCCGCAGUGGUGUUACCGAGUAUCGCUAUGGGCACUCGCCGUGGAAAGGUCCACGGGAAAUCCUGCGUAACAAAAUGGCUUCUUCUGAAUGGACAGACUACGAGGUGACUUGGACAUGCUGGGAUGUCGUCGCUCCAAACUCGAAAGAAGCGCAACAAGCGAUGGAGGAGGGCAAGGGGAAAAUGGAUGGCGACGGCCAUUUUGUGCGAAGUCUCAAGCUGGGCGAUGUGAUUACGGUGUGGGGAAGAGCGAUGCAUCGCGGGUGGGUGAAUGUGGUUGAUACUGUCGAGAUGGACGUCUACUGGGCGCUUUAG